AUGCCAGAACUCACGGUAGGGUUUGUGUCUGGUAUCAUUGCAGCUGGGGUGUUCGUGAGCCGAAUUCUGAUCCCCCAUGUCAUCAGCUUGAUCGUUGUUGGUCAACUUCCAGAUGAAAAUUCAAUCGUCUCGUGGUCCGUUGUCAGUCGUCUGAUCCAGUCGUCCUCUUGGCCAAUGCUCCUGCGUACAGAUACAGCCGCCAGCACCGGAGUGGGGAGAAGGAUAGAGAUAUACACUUGGCUCCAGUUUAUCGCGCUCGUCCUCGUCGCCAUCGCUGGGAUAGUAACUCCCCUGGGUUUAUACGACACGGUUAUGCCUCAGGACAUCCCCACGUUGACCGCCUUUCACUACGUUCGUGACACCUCAGCCUUCGGGAAGGCUACACCUCCAAGGGACGGCUAUCGGUCAAUCCGCAUGUGCUAUACGGACGGUAUCUCCAACACGUCGCUCAACGGCUGCCCCGGGGCGCCAGCCAAUCUGACUCAGACCAAUGAUGACAUAACCGAAAAUUUCUCAGUCUGGCCAAACAGAAUCAACUUGUUUACCAGCGGAGAUGUGCCUCCUACCGUUGCGAGUUUGUUUGACAUCCAAUGGCGGUCAUUUCGCGUAUCACGGCAACCGUCCGGAAGUUAUGGACCACUCGGAAAUGAGUUUUCGGAAGGUUACUAUCGCCAAAUCUCACAGUUAAUUCUGGAAGAUGACCUACUUGCGGUGGAAGGGCUGAUUGUUGAUACUAAAACCGGCCGUGUCGGUUUUCGCAAUCACACGGUUCCAGUUGACGCUUUGGAGGGUGCAGAGUGGAUGGAGGAUAUCCUGUUCAUCGAGCCCGAGACACGCUGCGUGAACACCAACUUGACCCUGGACUAUAAAUAUCAAACAAACGAUACGGGCUCGGAUGAAUUUGUGGAUCGGGAACUGGUCGACCAUGGCGGGUUCACCAAUCUUUCGCAUGACAGGCCUACCCUCGACCCGGGCAACUUUCAAGUCAACCCGGCACUGCAGGACCGUGCAUACAGAGCAGCGUGGAGUCAUAACAUGUUCCUGAUGCAGUAUUUCAAUAUAACAACGAACGGGUCGGAUGGAUCGGUACCCUUUGCGUACAUGAACUCCAAUGUCGGCAAGCGGUUCCCCCUCAAGUUUAACCGUGGAGAAUUUGGAGUCUCUCUGAGCACAUCCACCAUACAGACGUCUACUGAUUACGGAGCGGUGAUUACAGGGUCCAACCUAAGCAUAGCGGCCACGACAGGUCCAAAUCCUUUCAACGUUACUGGAAACGACGCUUUCCAAAUUGGUCGAGAGGCGUGCCAGUACCCUUCAUAUUUCGCCCGAUCCAACAUGUCGUUUGUGGCUGCGGAGUGUGGGUUGGUAUUCGCUGCUCCGCAGAGGACCGACGGGGGGAAUGCCCUGUUUCCAGACGCCAACAGUAGAUGGAGCACCCCGAUAUAUUCCUGCGCAGCUGGGACCAAGGCAGCCAUUCGCGAGGUCAAAUUCCACUACAAUGGAACUGGUGGGUUGGAGAAGCUGGUUAUUCAAAGCAUCAAUGAGAAGGCAUACUCGAAUCCCUCCGAAAUGCCUCUUUGGGGUGUUGAACGAAAUCAGAACUACACACUCUAUAAUGUGCGACCGCUCUGGGGAAUAGUGUCUCCUGAGACAAUCACCGGUGACGAUAUCUCUGUGGUUCAGCGGGACCAUCUUUGGCUACCAGGGUUUCCAGACAUAGUAAGCCUCGAACCGGUUAUAGCGAACGGAGAACCAAACAUGCCAGGGAAUUUAUUCUAUGCGAGAGCGCUGCAGGAUCUCUUUCGCAUCCAACUGGGUGGGCUCUCUCCUGAAGCCUUAAUGGCGUACACGGGCAAGCUGGACCUGGCUCUCUACGCCCGGUGGCUAGAGCUCUCCGCCUCAUCCACGGGCACUGAGAAAUUACUCAACCAGGUCUGGACCGACCUGGCUGCAAACUCGGUUAUCGGUACUCGGGGCUGGCAUAGCGGGCCCCGACCCUCUCUUCGCUGGAACGGUGUGCCCGAACGGGACAAAACAAUACCUACACCGAGCGUGCCUGUUGUCCUUUGGUCGAGAAGGAUCCGCUACCAUAUCCAAUAUGCUGUCCCCGCGUUCAUUACGCUGGGAAUAAUUGUUGCCCUGAUUGGGUUGACUGUGUUCCUUUUGGUCUCCAGACGAACUGGCCUGAGGCAGUUGCGUCGGUAUCUUGCCAUAACCUCCCCCGGUCGCAUUCUUGGGCUUUCCCAGGCUCUUGACCAGGAAGUCAGCCAUCUUACAUCCACCAAGAAUUGGAUCCAACAAGUUGGCAUACAUCGUGUUAACUUGCCGGCACGAAUGGCAAGAAGUGUGCCUUUACAGUCUGUUACCCUGUCAUCGACCUCGCUCAACGAGCAAGCACCGGUCUUCGACCCAAGUCUCACUGAUCUCGACAUCGACGAGAUGUAUAUAUAUGAUAGAGUAGGCGAUAGACCGUCUUAA